CCUCCCAUAACUUCACUCAGCUGAGGAGAAGUUUGAGAAUACAAGAUGGCAAAAAUGGUAGCUGCUGUCAUUGUCUGCGUGUUGGUUUUAGCCCUGGAUAUCACUGCUGGCAUACUAGGACUUCAGGCUCAGGCUGCGCAAAACAAGACUAAAAAAGUAACUGUGCUCUUCAUCCAGUGCGAGAAACCGGUGUAUAAAGCAUACCAGCUAGGGCUCGCGGCGGCAGUGCUGCUGGUAGUUGCUCACGCAGUGGCCAACUUCCUCGGUGGCUGUGCCUGCAUCUGCUCUCAGGUGGAGUUCAUCCGGGCAUCCAUCAACAGGAAACUCGCAGCAACUCUCAUAGUUCUCUCAUGGAUCGCACUCAUCGUCGGGUUCUCUCUGCUGCUUGCUGGGGCCAUGUCAAACUCCAAGUCGAAAACAUCGUGUGGGUUCGUGCACGGCAAGACCCUGGCCCUUGGAGGGAUCAUGUGCUUCGUCCAUGCGGGGAUCACCAUCGCGUACUAUGUCACUGCCACCGCAGCAGCCCACGAAAUUCGUUAGGCCAGUAAGCAUAGGCGCUAUGCUUUCGGCCAAGAGAUCAUACAGUCUGAUACUUUCUCACAGGAUAUCACCAUUCUUUCCUUGCUUUUGUUCUUUCUCAUCUUUCAGUUUGUGAUUUGGCCGUUUACCCCUUUCACAACUCAUGGAAGCAUCCAGCUCCAUCUUGUAUCAAAGUUGCACAAAAAGGAAUAUUAUUGUGGUUUAACUGA